AUGUGGAGGAAAGUUUCAAUCGCCCCGGUGGUCAAUGCCAGAGAAGCAGAUUUCCAGUUUGAGGAGAAGGGAGAAACGAGCGCUGAUGAAUCUGAUCAUUCAGGGUCUGGGUCGUUUUGCGUAUACGGACUCCUCUCGCUUCAGAAAGACAAUCUGGCUUCUCGUCUUCAUUACCGCAUCGUGUUACAUGACCCACGGGAUCAUCGGAGUCUUCACGGCGUUCAUGUCUGGUGCGGUGACUACCUCGACUCAGGUGCAAAUGACGAAAUCUUCCAGCGGCUGGCCAACGAGUUUGACUCAAAAGGGUUCUGCGAUUGUCCCCAUGUAACCUGCUCAGAGGAGACAUAUUCCUGGUCGUUCACCUCAGCGGAGUUGAGUCGCGAGGAGGUGUUACUCCUGCAUUUUAUCAACUGGAUGGCAGAGGCGAAAAGGAAGAAGAUGAAUGAGAGCGAGCUGAAAAACAGGACUUUCUGUCUCGAUCCGAAAGAAAAUCUUGCAGUGGUGAACGUCUACUAUGAGACCUUUGUAGUGGAGACAAUCACGGAACAUCUUCAAUAUCCCUGGUCGAGCUUCAUUGGGACGUUGGGAGGGAUGCUGGGGCUCUACGCCGGGCUGUCCUUCAUCUCCAUCCUGGAAGUGAUGGAGUGGAUAUUCAACAUCUUCCUGUAUGGCUGGAGGAAGCCUCGGCCUGAGGCGAUGGGGUCGAAGCGAUGA